AUGUUGACGCAGUCAUUGGGACUUUUCCCCCGGAUUCCCUCCAGCAGCUUGCUGUCGCGUGGUUUGAGAUUCGCCUCUACGGAGGCCAGGAUCACCGUGAAACCUCUGAACUCGCGCAAAACGCUUCUGAUGGACACCUACAAAGAAUUGAUGGAGAAGAACCCAGUGGUCCUGUUCGCCCACCACAACAAUCUGGUGAAACAGGAGGAUGCCUUUUUCCGCUCCCAAAUUAAAGAGCUCGGCGGCCAGAUGACUGUGCUGCGGAACCAGCUCUUCCAGGUGUACCUGCGGAACGCGCACCUGCCAGACCCCUGUGCGCCGACGCCAAAAGCUGAACAGAACAGGACGCAUCCUUUGCUGCCGCUUUUCAAGGGUCCAACGGCAGCUAUCACAUUCCCAGAGACCGAGCCGGCGAAGGUCGCCAAGCUUCUGAAGCUGCUGGAAAAGAGCUCCGAAAAACUGUUUGUCGUAGGGGCUAAGGUCGACGGCGGCAUUCUUGACGUGCCCCAGCUUCACCAGUUCAAGACGCUUUCCUCCAAACCGGAGCUGCAAUCGCAGCUGCUCGGACUUCUGCACUUGCUGAGCGGUGCUGGCCUUGUGAAGACCCUGGAGGCAGGCUCCCACUCACUGUAUCUAACGCUGCAGUCGCACCACAACAACAUCGACCCGGAAAACAAAAAAUCCGACUAG